UCUUCCCUUCUCCAUAGCUUUACCUGUCCCAUUUUGCUCAGCCCACGGCUUCACCUUUACCUCAGUUCUACUCGAGGAUAUUCGACACUUUCUUUACUGUCAUGGAGCCAGCAUCAGAAGCGAACGAGCUUUCCGUCGUACCCAAGCAAGAGAACCACCGAGAAGGCCACCUGAUUUCAGAGCAGGUAACCUCCGAUCAUGAAGUGGCUCUAACUGCCGCCCAAGACAAACUACACAACGCCGCUGUGGUGAUAUUUUGCAUAUCAUGUAUCACCUUCAUAAGUUCAUACUUAGGUGGGCUGGUUACCGUUUCUGUUCCGCAGAUCUCCUCAGAUUUGCAUCUCAGCCCGGGCAUGAAAUUAUGGCCAGUGUCAAUGUACACUCUUGGUACAGGAUGUACACUACUUAUUUCAGGAGCAGUCUCUGAUGUAGUGGGUAAUAAACCAACCUUUCUGACUGGCUGCUUUUUACAAAGUGUCUUUUCGAUGGCUUGUGGCCUUGCUCACAGCGGUACUCAACUUAUUAUUUUUCGGGUCAUCUCUGGAAUUGCAGCUUCUUUUUGCUUGCCUUCUGCUAUGAGUAUCAUCACUGAACAUUUUCCCUCUGGCAAAUUCCGGAAUAUUGCGCUUGCGUUGAUGGGCUCCGGUCAGCCUAUUGGAUUUGGAGUUGGGCUUCUUCUUGGGGGUGUAUUUGCAGAUACUGUAGGAUGGCGCUGGGGCUUUUACAGUGCUGCCAUAGCUAAUAGCCCGGUGCUUCUUUUAUCAACUCAACAGCUACCUGGAAAAAUCAAGCAAGAAGGUAUCAUAUGGCGUCGUCUUAUCUUCGGCAUUGACUGGGUCGGAGCUCUGGCUGCCAGUGCUGCGUUGGCUCUACUAUCUUAUGCCCUGGCGGUCAUAACUGAUGACGUAUCCAAGAUCCAUGAUGCUACUACGAUUAUAUUCCUUUGCCUAUUUGGUGGCCUAAUAACCUUCUUUAUCUUCUGGCAAAAUCGACAGGAAAAGCAUUCCAGACCCACUUUAAUCAAGAAUUCAUUAUGGAAGAAGGUCGGAUUUACAUGCAUUUGUAUAAAUGUUUUUAUGAUCUGGGGUGCUUUCAAUGCCUUUGAACAGAUGGUUAAUUUCUUCUUUCAAGAUGUACAACAGCUGUCUGUACUUGCAACAUCAGUGCGGUUUAUUCCUGUUACUGUCAUGGGCCUACUUACUAGUCUUGCUACUGGUAUAUUCCUACAUCGGGUACGCGCAGACACUCUGAUCAAUGGGGCUACGAUUCUCUCAUCACUUUCACCCCUGUUAUUAGCUCUAAUUGACCCAACAUGGAUAUACUGGCGCUGUGCAUUCUUUGCCAUGUGUCUCAAUCCAAUUGCAGCUGAUGUGCUAUUCACUGUGUCGUCACUUAUUAUUGCUGGCAUGUUUCCUGCUGAGACUCAAGGCCUUGCAGCAGGUGUCUUUAACACAGUAUCACAAUUCGGCAGGACUAUUGGACUGGCACUGGUUGCAUUAAUUGCUAACAGUGUCACUGAGAAGGAUUCCACAUCAGACAAUGAUAGUCCGGGAGCCUUGAUGGUGGGCUACCGGGCAUCCUUCUGGUUCCUGUUUGCAAUGAAUUUCGCCAGUCUAGUGGUUAGCCUAAUCGGGUUGCGGAAGAUUGGUAAUGUGGGCCGGAAAGGGCCGCCGGACGUCUGAAGAUUGGUGUGAGGAUCAGCCUCUUAUGAUAUCCGUCUAGUUUUACACAUGGAUCAACCAUAGGGAGAUUUUGGAAUGUUACUUCGCAGAACUGGCUACAUACAAAUCGGGAAUGCAAUUAUAAUCUCUCGACUGUAUUGUUAUACCUCCUCUUUGGUUUCGCCUUUUCCUUUCCUCAUUUUCCUGGGAGCCAAUAGUUUUACUCUAGGCGUGCCCUCGUGUAACUUUUUUUUUUCUCUUUGAUUUGUUUUUUAUUACAUAAUCCAGACUGAAGG